AUGUUUAUGCUCCGCAACGUGGGUAAAUUUCUCUUCGGCGAUACCUCGAAAGAGGCCAUCAUCGAAAUUCCUCAGGGACAGCUGUACCUGGUCCGCCCUUUGUCGCCCAAGGGCUACUCGGAGUUGAUCUUUAAAGACGCCGCCGCUACCAUCCGACGAACUGGCCAAGAGUUCCAAUAUCAGCUUGUUAUUCAAAGAGCCUACGAAGAAGGCGAAGAAGACUUGGCAGAAGACGACGGCGAGCAGGGUUCCGCCGAUAUCCUGGACAAGGACGAGAAGGUUUUCUUGCUGGAUCAGACACUGCAUUUUCGCUCCGAGGUCCGUGAAGGUGGAGUGAAGAUUCUUGCGUGGGACGAUCUAAGCGGUGACGAGGGAGAUCUCUUUGAGUUCGUUUGCGACGCUUCCGUACCCUCUGACAAGGUCGCGACAUUUGAGUUGGCCGCUUUGCAGUGCCAGUACGAGCGCAAGUUCCGUCGCAGCGCCCAGAAAGCCACAGCAGACGAAUUGGAGGAGUUCUCAUAUCAGGAAGAGAAGCCUAUUCCCUCCGCCAGCCCCGUGUCUCCAACGAGCAAAUCGCGUGGCAACCUCGUGACUUCAGCUGAGUCGGCCGCGGCCAUGGCACAAGAUGUCAAAUAUGCCCAAUCAAAGGGCCAGAUCAAGUCGGCUGAUGCAGAGGAGGAACCUACAGCCGCCCCUCCAUCAGCUGCCCGGCCCGAGUCCAAGGAGAUCCUCGCAAAUGAGAAAGCUGAAUUGCACAUGUUCGACUUUCCUACCGGAACCUUUGUCAUGCAAGACUCCGAGGUCACUGCAACCGUGUCAGAGAUCGGUAACUGGCAAUACUGGCUGCAGAUCAGUGGCAACGACAAGGAAUGGCUAGGACAAGCGGUUGUGGGAGACAUCAAUCCCGUUUUCAACUUCGAGUAUCUUUCAUUUAUUUUUAAUCACUACGCUGAAGAUGGCUCGGCGUAUUCUUGGCUUCUUCGUUUCAAGGACCAGCCGACAGAGGAACGUUUCCAGGAAGGGUUGAUGCAAGCCCUUUGGGAACAGCUCAACGAGAUGAAAUGGAACAAGGUUAAGGAGAAUGACCGGGAAUACGUGCUCGAUGCUUUCCAGGAUCUAACAAUGGAGGAUGCCGAUGCCAUACCCGAGGAGGAAGAAGAGGAGGAGGAGGAGGAGAGUGAAGAGACGGAUCAGGACGAUGGCCAGCGCAGUGAACACUAUGAUAGUGAUGAAGAGGAAGACGAUGUCAUUACCCGGGAUGAAGACGGGAACGUUAACUCCCAGCUAGCGGUUGGCUAUAAGCAUGAUCGCUCUUUUGUGGUCCGCGGAUCGAAGAUCGGUGUCUUUAAGCAUACACCUAACAACAACCUGGAGUUUUCGACAAAUAUUUCUAAAGUUGAGACGCCCGGUGGCAAGCUCUUCAGCCCCAAAAAGGUUAUGCUGCAUGCGGAGGAUACCAACAUGAUUCUCCAAAACUCCGAUGAUCCAAACUCUCUGUAUAGGAUGGAUCUGGAAUAUGGCAAGGUUGUUGAUGAGUGGAAGGUUCAUGAUGAUAUUCCUGUCGAAACCUUUGCUCCCGAGAACAAAUUUUCCCAAAUGACCUCUGCUCAGCCUUUUGUGGGUGCAUCCAAGAACGCCCUCUACCGUAUUGAUCCUCGUCUCUCGGGUAGCAAGCUUGUGGACUCCGACUUGAAGCAGUAUGCGAGCAAGAACGAUUUCUCUGCAAUGGCCACUACGGAGAAGGGCUACCUAGCCGUGGCCUCUAACAAGGGAGACAUUCGCAUGUUCGAUCGUCUAGGUAUUAACGCGAAAACCCAUAUUCCCGCCCUUGGUGAACCGAUCAUCGGUCUGGAUGUGUCUGCCGAUGGCCGUUGGGUACUUGCCACUUGCCGCACUUAUCUCCUUCUGAUCGACUCGUUGCAGAAGGACGGUAAAAACGAGGGCAAGCUUGGUUUCGAGAAAUCCUUCGCGAAAGACUCCAAGCCCCAGCCUCGUCGCUUAGGUCUGCAGCCCGCGCAUGUUGCUCAAUUCCAGCACGAAACCAAGCAGCCUUUGUCGUUCACACCUGCUCGCUUCAACACGGGUGUUGAUUCCGCAGAGACCUCAAUUAUCACUGCCACGGGUCCCUUUAUUAUCACCUGGAGCCUAAAGAAGAUUAUUGCGGGCCGCAAGGACCCAUACACCAUCAAGCGUUAUGCCGAGGAUGUUAUGGCUGAUAACUUCCGUUUCGGCUCCGAUAAGAAUGUGAUUGUUGCUCUCCCCAACGAGGUGAAUAUGGUUGCCAAGCGCAGCUUUCAGAAGCCCACUCGUGAGAGUAUCGCUGGACCGGCUACUCCCAGUCGGAAGAGCGGCAGAUGGAGCAGCCGCCUGGGAAAAGAUGACAUCGUCAACUCGCCUUACUAG